AUGGGUGAACUGUGGAGAAAAGUGAAGGAGCUCUUUCUUCGGAACUCUUUCAGGUUUAUUGCCAAGCCGUGUGCCAUAAACCUUGGCAUUCAGGACAGUGGACCUCACAGAGCCCAGCCCAAUGCAAUUUUAGAGAAAGUGUUUACAUCCAUCACUAAGUCUCCAGAUGGAAAAAGGUUAGAAGGCUUGUCAAAGCAGCUAGACUGGGAUGUUCGAAAGAUCCAGCGCUGGUUUCGUCAUCGGAGGAACCAGGACAAACCCACCACCCUCACUAAAUUUUGUGAGAGCAUGUGGAGAUUUACAUUUUAUUUAAGUAUAUUUUUUUAUGGGAUCAGGACAAAUCCUGGGGCACCCUGGUUUUGGGACACACGACAGUGCUGGUACAACUACCCUUUUCAGCCUCUAACAUCCAGGCUUUAUUAUUACUAUAUCUUGGAGCUGGCCUUCUAUUGGUCUCUCAUGUUUUCUCAGUUUACAGACAUUAAACGGAAGGACUUCCUGAUCAUGUUCGUCCAUCAUUUGGCUACAAUUGGACUCAUUACAUUCUCUUAUAUGAAUAAUAUGGUGCGGGUUGGAACUCUGGUGCUGUGCCUCCAUGAUGCAUCAGAUUUCUUUUUAGAGGCUGCAAAGCUAGCCAAUUAUGCCAAGUACCAACGUCUAUGUGAUGCUUUCUUCAUGCUCUUUGGUGUCGUAUUCAUUGUUACACGGUUGGGCAUUUAUCCUUUCUGGAUUUUGAAUACAACCCUAUUUGAAAGCUGGGAGUUGAUUGGUCCUUAUCCUUCAUGGUGGCUAUUCAAUGGGCUUUUGGUAACCUUGCAGAUCUUGCAUAUCAUCUGGUCUUAUCUCAUCAUUCGCACUGCCUACAAGGCCCUCAUGCGGGGAAAGGUAUCAAAAGAUGACCGCAGUGAUGUAGAGAGCAGCUCUGAAGAGGAGGAUGUGACUUCCAACAGCACAAAAGGAGUUUUCAGCACUUCAAGUAACGGUUCCAACCGCAUUAAUGGCCACGUGGCUAGCGGCCAGUGGACAGAAGAGGAAUAAGGCUGUGGGUUGGCCUUGAGCAAACAUGAACUUGUGUUUAAAAAUCUAGAUGUGUUGAGCUCCACAUUCCCAAGUGAUCUUUAAUCAAGAUACCCCUUCCCCAGCAACCUCCAGCAAAUCUGAAAUGGGCACAAUCCAGACCAGUCAGAGGCUUUGCACAGCAGAAGGGAUAAAGCCAAUGACUAGGGCAAAAACAAAGCUGCAGAUUUCACUUUAAGCCAUUUUGUACUUAAAUCUUAGUCCCGUCGAUGUUCGCAGAGGUGUCUUUGUGACAAACUGGUUUUUACUAGGAUCAACUCAACGCAGAAGGAGUUUGGACGAGGCUGGC